AUGGUAAUGGUUCACGAGGUUCCUUUUCCUCCACAGAUCCUCACUUCCAAGCCACUCUCUCUUCUUGGUCAAGGGAUCACAGACAUUGAAAUCCAUUUCCUCCAAGUGAAGUUCACAGCGAUCGGUGUUUACUUGGAUCCUUCAGAUAUUAAAACACAUCUUGGAAAAUGGAAAGGCAAGACCGGAAAAGAUCUGGCCGACGAUGACGAUUUCUUCGACGCUCUUGCCUCCGAAGAGAUAGAGAAGGUUAUAAGAGUGGUGGUGAUAAAGGAAAUCAAAGGAUCUCAGUACGGAGUGCAGCUAGAGAAUGUGGUGAGAGAUCGUUUAGCUGCAGAAGAUAAGUACGAGGAAGAAGAAGAAACCGAACUUGAGAAAGUCGUUCGUUUUUUUCAGUCUAAGUACUUCAAGACCAAUUCCAUCAUCACUUACUACUUCUCUGCCAAAGAUGGCACUUGCGAGAUCGGGUUUGAGACCGAAGGUAAAGAAGAGGAGAAAUUGAAGGUAGAGAAUGCAAAUGUGGUAGUGAUGAUGCAGAAAUGGUAUUUGUCCGGAAGUCGAGGAGUUUCACCUUCGACCAUUGUCUCCCUAGCAGAUUCGCUGUCUGCAGUUUUAACCUAA